UAGGUGUGUGUGUAUGCGUGUGUGUGUGUGUGCAUGAAGGUGUGCUUGCAUGCGUGCGUGUGUGUGCAUGAUGAUGAUGUGUGCAUGUUUGCAGGUGUCUGCCUCUGUUUUUCCUAUGGCAAGCCAUUCCCACACGCUGCACCAGAGCUGCACACUGCCUUCCAUCCUGGACAGCUAUUUGCCACAUGGUCAGAGGAGAAAGGCAGACAGGCCGCCUGAGCCAAGGCCCAUCCCUCAGAUGAGGAAGGAGAAACAGAAACAGGCUGCCACCUCCUCCACCUCUCCUGUGUUCCCUGGCUUGGCUCCAGACGCCGACCCUGAUGACUUGGCACAGCGGAAGCAGCACAAAGCAUUGCAGGAUCAGCACCACCUAGCGGCGUACUGGAGCCUGUACAGACUCAGAGACGAGAUGGCUGACCACUACACUGCACUGCUGAGGGAGAAAGUACAGCGACAGAGACAUGACAUCAGGCAGAGACAGACAGACUUCAUUCAGGCUCAGAGCAAGAGAAUAAAUAAGAAGAAGAGGAGACAUGAGUCCCAGAAGCUUGCCCGCUCCACACUCUCUCAUGAGGACUCCUAUUUGACAUCUCUCCCUAAAUCCACACAUUACCUGAUCCUGGAGCUCCAGAGGCAUCUGGGCCAGCGCGGUGGUCUGCAGUCCAGGCAGGAGCAGGGGCAGCUCAGCCAGUGGCUGGAUCAUAGGCCCCGAGGCCCCAGGCUCAGGAGAAGGCUACAGGAGAUGGUGAUGCUCAGCAGGUCCGCUCCCACCCUGAGGUUUGAGGGACUCCUGAAUCAGCGGCCUCCGCUACCUCAGAUACAGGUCUCCAGCCAUGACAAAGACCCACAAGGAAGUGGAAAUCCUCCCAGUCCUGUUCCAAACUUCCAGCUCCCUGCUCAUAUCAGGAGGCCCUGCAAGUUCCUCAGCCUCCAGCCUAGCUUCAUGGCCUCACUCAAGACUCCAAACCUUCCAACACUGCCCAGGCCACCACAGAAAGUGAGCAUCAACAGACACCUGCUCAAACUGAGACACAUGCACAACCUCUCCCUCACACACAUGGCCUACUCUCAGAGGCUUCUGCUGAGGGAUGGAGCCCAUUGGGAGGAUGGAUACCAGAUCAGACAGCUGACUGACUACCUGUCUCACAGUGUGGACAUUCUUGAACCUGAUGGAGCCACCAGAUCUAUCCUUUCCUCUCGGUCUCAGCAAAGCAGCAGAGUAAAGACUGCAUCAGAUGAAGUGGGUGACCAGGAGGGGACCCCAUCACCACUCUCCCCAUGCUCUGAACCUGAAUCAUUGCCAGAGGAUAACCAGUCUUGCGAUGGGAGAGCCUUCUCUCUCCUACCCAUCCAACCUCUAUCUAUGGGUGAUAUGAACCAAAGCACAUACCCGGUGGACAUAUGGCAGCUGAAGACAUGGCAGAACUAUGCCUGAGAGGAGGAGUUUCUUUGUAUAAAAACAUGUAGGCUAAUGAGAUGGUUUCUUUCCUAUAGGCCUAAGUAUGAAGCUGAUGUAUGAAGAUUUUUUUUUCUUUCCUUCUUUUUAAAUAAUGAAACCCUUAUAAACCUUACACAGGACUUUCUAUUCUGUAGAUGUUGAUAUGUUGCUUAUUGAUGGCUUGUUUGUUUGUUGAUGGAUAUAGGCUACACGUGUCUUUUGUAAUCUCUUGUAGAAAUGGGCUGUAUUCCCUAAUAGAUU